CUCGGGGCCGCGGGGCCGCGGCCUCCCGGUAUGGGCCGGGCAACCCCCCCGGCAGGAGCCGGGACCGGCUCUGCGGCCAGCUAGUGCCGACGGACCGGCCCCGCAAGGAGCCGCCGGGCGGGGGGCUCCGGGACCCGGGACGGGGGAAAGGACCGACAGAGGGAUCCAACUGGCCAGUCCGCCUCAAAGAGUGACCUCCAGGUGGCUGUGGUGAUUCUGCCCGAUGUCCGCUCCUGUGAAGAGGUGACCCACUCGCCCAGACGGUGCCAUGGGGCCUGCCGGCAGCUUGCUGAGCAAUGGACAAGUGCCCGUUGUGCUCUGGGGGAGCUUGGCCACUGUGGGCACUUUCCUCCUCCUCCUCACCUUCCUGCUCUUCCUCUGCUCCAGCUGUGACAGAGAGAAGAAGCCCAAACAGAGCGGAGAUCAUGAAAAUCUGAUGAAUGUGCCUUCUGACAAGGGUCUGUUGAGCCACUCAGUGACCAGCCUGGCGACGGACGCAGCAGCCAGCAGUGAGCCCAAUGGGGGCCUCAGUAAUGGCGACGUCCUCUCAGAAGACAGCACCAAGGCCUACACGCUGCCUUACGAAGAAGUCCAAACUUCCGUUUCUGACCUGUUGGACUCGCAGGAAAGCGUGGGAAAAUCCAUCAAGUGCCAUCAGAGCCGAGAAUUACCCAGAAUACCUCCUAACGGCACGCUGGAGCCCAUUCUCCCGCCCAGGACGGAGGCCAGGGAGCGGGGCCUUGGAACGGAAGGGCCAUACGAGGUCCUGAAAGUCAGCUGCUCCCAGGAAAACAUGGUGGAAGACUGCUUGUAUGAGACCGUGAAGGAAAUCAAGGAGGCGGGAGCCUCGGCCGACGCAGACCCAAGCCACGGCGUCGGCCGCCAGGAAGGGUCAGCGCCCGCUGGCCGGGGCCUCCUGGGCUCUCUCUCAGAAAGCCAGACGGGGUCGGCCGAGUACGCCUCAGUGGACCGGAAUAAGAAGGGCCGACAGAGUCUGAGUACAGAGAGCGUCCUUGGGGUGCUGGCAGAUCUGGAGGAAGAGGCCCCGCCCCCGGUUCCUGUCAAACUCCUCGACGAGAACGAAAAUGUCUGGGAGAAGGAAGAUGAGAGAUCGGUGGCUGGGAAGGAGGAGGAGGGAGAGGCCUCAAAGAGUCCCAUUGACACCAGCAAGAGGCUCAGCUCGCUGUCUUACAAGUCCCGGGAAGAUGAUCCAGCCCUUACAGAGGAGGAGAUUUCGGCCAUGUACUCUUCAGUGAGCAAGCCAGGCCUGGCCAACCGCCUGGCCCCCGCCCCCUCCGUGGCCGUCCAGGAAGUGGGGCCCCCGAGAUCCCCAUCGUCCUCCAACGACCUGUACGCCACAGUGACAGACUUUGAAAACCUCACCGACGGACAGGGGCUGCCCCCGCCCCGGCGGGACGACGAGCCAGAGCCGGACUAUGCUGCGAUCCAGUCCCUGGGCCGGGACGAGGGCCGGGCUGGGCCGGGCCCAGAGCGCGGACGUCCCCUCCCCGCCCAGCCCGAGAGUGACUACGAGAGCAUCGGGGAUCUGCACCACGGCAAGGAUUUCACCCGACUCUAGCGGCCGUGAUCCUGGCCCGCAACCGCCAGUCCGCCGCUGGAAGGAGCUGGGUGUGGGGGAGGCGGAGGAAAGGGUCUGUCAGGGGAUGCUUGGAGGCUGGAGAACAUGGUGGGGGUGGGGGUCAGUGACCAUUUUCCAGGCCUUGCAAGAGGAAAGUUGUGCUCAUACAUACAGGCAUCCAUACACAUGCUCACACAGGCCCACAUGUGUGGGCACACAUGCACACACACACAUGCAGGCACAGCUCUGGCCUGGGAGAUUGAUCAUAUCUAUGGCAGCGCAGGGAAGACAGUUAGUGGGGUCACAGCCAGGUACGAUGACCACUCUCUAGCAAAGCGAACUAUUCACCUGCCAGAAAUCCACCAGCCUCUUGCAAAGUAGUCUAGUCCUGCCCCAUACCCCCUGCCCUCUGCCUGGAGCGAACAACUUUCACCGAUCACUCUAGGAGAUUUCUCCCCUGAAACCAUCACCUCUUGCCUCGAACCAGACUCUUGGGCCCCUGGAGAGCCCGUGGGCCACCCAUGGUGGAGGGGCCCCGAGUGCCGGCUGUGGCUGGGGGGACCCUGCGGGCUGUCAGUACUGGUGGCCUCCCCAGGACUCGGGCAGCCGCUUCUUCCACCAAGCCAGGCCACCCCCAGUGCCUUCUGGUACUGGUGUCCAAAGCACUUGAAUUCUCUUCUCGAUUCUUUGAUUUAUUUUUCUAAUCGAAGUUCUUCGGGAUUUUUCAGUAUUUUAAGAACCUCGUGGUACUGGUAUACAUGCCUAUGUAGACAAAGAAUUCUUUAUGACUGUCUGGGAGGGGCCUGUUUCACACAAAGAGCCUGAAGCUACCCGGCAGUGGGGCUCAGGGCUCAGCCGCUGCCAGCCCUGCUGCCCAGCCACGAGAGCGCCCAGCUGGGAGGGCGCCCAGAACGCUCUGCUCCAUCCACUCGUCUGCAGAAUCUAGCUGGGCCACAGCGCAGAUGUUUGUUUUUGAUGAGAGAAAUCAAGAAGGCAUUUCAGGUUUUCUGCCUCAUUUCCAAUAAGUCCCGAUAUCCGAAGGAAUGUAUAGGAACUGUCUUCAUUAUAUGUACAAUCAUCUUAAACCUCAUUUUUAAGAA